AUGUCCUCAACACCCCCAAGACGUGUCGAGGUCGAGCCCGUCGAGACUACUGUUAAGUUCUCAAAUGGUCAUACGCGAAGCCAAACAGAGAGCCUUAAGCCUCGACGUCGAUUCCCUCCUGAACUGGUAGAGAUCACCACCAAGUAUAGCCGUCGGCUUGCCCCUGAACCCGUUGGGACUACAGAAAGAUCGAGUCGACGUCUUGCUCCUCAACCCGUGGAAACCACAGUGAAAAGCUGCUGUAACAAAGAUACACAACAGCUCACAGGGAACACUGGGAGGAGGUUCAAACCGGAACCUAUAGAGACAAUAGCCAGUAGCAGCCGCAAGCAGGAAGGAGACAGGCCACGAAUCGUGGAACAAUCUUCAUCCAAGCUAAAGGAGGAGGAGCAAAAGCGAGAACCACGAAGAUUUGCUCCCCAACUGAUUGAAACCGCAAAACGGUCCCGCAAAGCGGGCGACACAAACCCUGCUAUUCUGCCUUCUGAUAAGACGGAGGCUAUACCUGGCGACAGCACCCAGAGUCUAAAGAAGACGCGAAUCCAACCCGCUCCAGCUCCACCUGAGAACACGCCAAUCGCCCCCACCACCCAAAACCCAUUAUUCCUAGAAAUCGAACGUGGUUGUUCCCCGUUGCUAAGACGUCGCCUUAGCUCUCGCUCCAGUACACGGUCGCACCACUCUUUCAGGGUGCCGGAACUCGACCCAAUUGAGUCGUCUGAGUCGGAUGGUUCAAACCCACCAUCCCCAUCAACGUCUCCUUCUGUCACUUCCGAUCACUCGUACAUGUACAAAGAGGCGACGCGGAUGCGGGAGAGUGUUGAUGACAGAGUCUCUGGAUAUCUGCUUGAACUGGCUGCAAGAGCAGCCGAAAAACAACUCCGGGAGCAAGCAAUGGCAGCUUUCCCAAACGACGAGCACCACGAACCGGUAGAUCACUUCAUAGACCGUGACCAGUCUGAGUCAGAGCAGGACAUUAAACGCAGACGGGAAUCGUCUUACACUGAAGUCAAUUGGGAGUUGGUUGCCAUGCAACGGCACCGGGAGAAGCGAGAACAGCAACAGGCAAGUGAGAAAGAAAAGAAGAAAAAGCGAGAGGCUCAAAUAAAUAAACCAUGGGGCAACGCAGCUGCUUUUUUUGACGCUUCCUCGAACAACAACAUUGUUGGGGGAUGGCAGAAGGACGGCGAGCUGGACCAGAUGCGGAAAGGCGCACGGCCUCCCAUGCUAGGUGGUGACAUUAGGUUUCCUCGAUGCCCAUCUCCCGAACCAGCCCGCUUUGACCCGACACAAGGAUCACAUGCUCUGAAAAGUGCGAUGUGCUACCUGACCGAGCAAAGCCAGCAAGCAGAAAAUGGAGAAGGUCUUUGGUGCGGACAGGACAAACCUAGCAAAGGGCCAUCCCUUUGGUCGAACGCAGGUAGCCGACCUCCGAGCCGCAACGGCUUGUGGGGUGGUUGUUGUGUUAAUUCUGGUCUUACUCCUCCAAGAGGACCGACCGGUAUUCUCACCCCUAAGGUCGAGAACGACAACCCUCUAGAUACACCACACUCCACACCAGCUCUCGCCCAACUGCCACCUACCCCACCGGCUUCUAACCCGGACAUUGCGAGUAUAGACGAAAAAUUAGCCACUGAGCUUACAAUUGAGGAAGAAUUUGGUGACGAUUUUGUAACUCAGGUGUACAACUAUCUUUCAUUGGGAUAUCCAUCUAUUGCAUGCACGUUUGAUGAGGAGCUAGCCAGGAUCUCUCGAAUAGAAGUGUCCGAACUUAGGCAGGACGAUCAUCUGGCAACAUCAAGAGGAUAUAUACGGUUAGGGGAAGAUGGAAACCUCAAAGGCGUAGGAAUUACCGAGGAGACAUGUGUGCGAUGGCGAGCGUUGCGAGUGUACAUUCACGAGUGGGCAAGACAGCAACCACGGAUGGUCGCUGGUGGUGAUACUACAGCUCAAGCGAUUGGAACGGCUGCAAGAAGAGGAAGCUGGGCGUUCUAG